UUGAGACACUGGAAGUUUUCUUGUGAAAUACUGCUGGUUUAGCAUCAUGGAGCUGACUGAAGACCAGCUGAAAGUUGCAGAGGCUGAACUGCAAAGCCAGCUUCCUCAGUCACUGAAGACUUACGGUUUCUUGGUCCUCAGAAACAGAGUGAAAUCAGAUUCUUACAUCGUUUUAGUGGACAGAUGGCCACAGUUCAGCGUAAUUAUCUGCAAACCCCAGUAUAAAGAGAAAACGGAUUUGUUCAAAGACACAUUCAUUUUUGCAAAUGAUGAAGCUAUUCUCACAGAAACAAUAAGGAACUCUUCUGUACUUGACUGGAGCAGGUACCUUUGUCUUGGAACCAGUCUUCCCCACAUGGAGAUAGUCAAAGCAGUUGCAGCAGAAAGGAAUGUUCCCAGCAACCAACUGUCACUUUGUCACAUGAUGAUAUUGAAAGAGGCAUCCAAGCUUCCUACUAUAAACAGCUCUGGGAUCUGCCUCAGCACCCUGGACGAAUCCCACAUUGACUUGGUGAAUCGGACGUGGAAGUUUGGAAAUAAUGAAGGCGCUGCCAGGAUGAUCCGCAACAUGGUUACAAACUUCCCCUCCUGCUGCGUUCUGGGUCCUGAAGGAAACCCUGUUUCCUGGAUUUUGACCUAUGUGUACUGCGCCCUAGGAAUGUUGUACACUUUGCCAGAACACAGAGGGAAAGGCUACGCUAAAGUCUUGAUUAGCAGCAUGGCUAAAAAAUUAUGUGGUCAGGGCUACCCAGUAUUCUGUUUCAUAGAGGAAGAGAACCGAGCCUCUUACCAACUCUUUAAAGGCAUGGGAUUCUCUGAGGAUCCCUCAUACAGAGAAACAUGGUAUGGAUUCAAUGAUUUAAAUGCUUAA